AUGAACCACAACAUCACCGACGUUGCCCCUUACCAACCGCUACUUCCACGUCCGCACUCCCCAAUUUCAUAUCCGAAGAAGAAGAAAUCGGGGAUAUUUCCUGAUCUCACCAAGAAUAUCAACUUGGGCGAAGACAUUGACCUCGUCGUUGGCCUCACAGCCACAGCGCUCACAGCCGACCAAGUCCUCAAGCUCAAAGACAGCAAAAAGCACAAGGCCAUGCAUUUAGCAAAGGCCAGCCUGAGUGCCGCCGCCGCCGCUACCGCGUUUACCAUGAUGAACAGAGAGCAUAAUGAAAGAGUCGGACGGGAGAGGACACGUCAGCGUCCUGAGAGUGAGUCCAGGUCAACGCCUAGCACAACAAAAGGCGAGAAGCACGAGUGCCACAGUAGGAGCACCUCACAAUCUAGCUCACGUCCGAGGUCAUUCGAGAGAACGAGGAGAAGAAGCAGAAGCCGAGACCGGGAGCUGCCCUACCCUGACUUGGAAGCACAAAAGCCAGAAGAUCACAAGGUGCGAUGGGCUCUAGUUCCCUCGCCACCAUUUCAGGAGGAACAUCAAGAGCAGCGUGCAGAGAGCCCCGAAGACUACAGCUACGCGAGCUCGCGUCUGGCGCCACCGCCAGACGAACGAUACCACCACAGAGGCAGGGCUCGGACAACGUCACCAGUCCGCAGGCAAGACGAUGACCGGUGGCCCGAUAACCAUCAGCACCAUCACCGAAGAAGGAAGUCAGAAGGACAGUCAAGAUGGCACACUUUCUUUGACCUGCUUGGUCAAGAGUUAUUACACAGGCAGCAGAAAGCUUGA